AUGUGGUCAGCCGUCAAAUUAUUCAGUUUGUUACUGGUUCUCCAGCCCGUGCUAGCAGACACAAACGACCAAACCUCAGCAACAGUAGAUCGAGGAUCGUUCCAGAAUCCUUCAUCUCGACUACGCCCCCGCUUCAGAUACUGGCUUCCAGACUCCGGCGUCGAUGCCGAAAUAGUUCGGGAGAAUAUCAAAGCCGCCGGUGCCCUCGGCGCUGGCGGUGUUGAAUUCUUACCCUUUUACAACUAUGGUGGCCAAUUGGCUCCUGCGCCGGCGGGGUCAAACUGGUCCCGGGAUGGAUUUGGAACAGAGACUUUUCACAGCAUGUUUCUGGCUGCGUUGCGCGCACAUAAAGAGGCAGGUCUGGUGAUGGAUUUCCCGUUGGGCCCGAACCAGGGACAGGGUGUUCCCGCAGACCCGAGUGAUGAAGGUUUACAGUGGGAUUUGGAACCAUUUUCCAUCGCCAUUCCUGGAAAUGGUCACUUCGAUGGAAAGAUUCCUGGAUGGGGUGCCGGUGAACUAGUUGCGCUUGUUUCGGCUGAAGUGCUACAUUCGACGAAUAGUUCUCAUCUGCAGUUGACUCUCAAGAAUGGAACCUUGACCGACUGGGCAGGCAAAGUAUCAUCCAGUGGAAGCGUCUCCCUCGAUCUCCCUCCGUCUCAAAACACAUACCGACUCUUUGCGUUCUAUCAAUUCCUCAGUCAUAACAAGAAUUUGCAGUACAGUACAACUCCGGCUAAGACUAUCUUUGAUAAUGGAUCUUAUGUGGUGGAUCACUUCACUGCUCGCGGCGCUAAAGUGACAACAAGAUUCUGGGAAGAGUACAUACUUCCAGGCGGCGUCAAGGAAUUGCUUAUGGAAGUGGGCAACUAUGGCUGGGAGGAUAGCAUCGAGAUACUUUCUAAUAUUUCCUGGACACCGUCACUCCCGACUACUUUCCAAUCUAAAUACGGAUACGAUUUGAAGCCAAUGCUACCGAUCAUCAUGUUCAACAACAACAACAUCAACACGCAAAGCACCGAACCAGGUGCUAUCGAAUGUCUUCUGAAUACUCCCGAACACGGCCUCGGUUACAUCAACGAUUUCAGAGGUGCCUUGGUAGAUGGGUACCGGAGCUAUCUUGAAGAGCUGACCCGCUGGGUAAACUCGGAGCUAAAUCUCCAAAUGUCAGCCCAGGUUUCAUACAACAUGCCGAUGGAUAUGGAAGCAAAUAUUCCAUUUGUGAAUGCUCCCGAAUGCGAAAGUCUUCAGUUUCGCGACAGUAUUGAUGGCUAUCGGCAGUUUACGGGCCCGGCACAACUCGCCGGUAAACGUGUCAUUUCUAACGAGAUGGGCGCUGUUUUCAUGAAGGCGUAUCAAUUGACUCACAGUGAGCUUCUUUAUUCUAUUAACCGUGCCAUUGUGGGUGGUGUGAAUCAAAUGGUAUUCCACGGGCAGACGUAUACUGGGAACUACUACGGUACUACCUGGCCGGGAUAUACGGCUUUCUUAUAUCUGUUCUCGGAAAUGUACUCCAACAAACAGCCUUCCUGGGACCACGGCUUUGGUGAUCUUCUCAAUUAUACCGCUCGAGUGCAGUAUCUUCAGCAGUCGGGUGUUCCAAGGGUUGAUGUGGCAAUUUACAACAAGGAGUCUGGGACUGAUCCCAACUUUCCAACUAUGUACACAGCAAAUGAUCUCAUCGAUGGGGGGUACACCUAUUCUUACCUGUCACCCGACAACUUCGCUCUUCCCGAGGCCAACGUUCGCGACGGGGUUUUGGCUCCAAAUGGACCUGCAUAUAAGGCUCUGGUGAUCACCAGAAACAGCAAUCUUACACUUUCCGGUGUCCGUUACAUUCGAAAAUACGCCCGCGAAGGCUUGCCUGUUAUUCUCAGUGGCGGAGAUCCUGGGGUCUAUUCGAGCCAUGACAACACAGACAAGACAUCCAUUCAAAAGGCAAUCCAGGCUCUCAAGAAGUCAGCGAAUGUCUACAGUGUCCCUGCUGGUCAGGUUUCUGCUAAGCUUCAGGCUCUCGGCCUGCGUGCACAAAUAGCUACGAAGACUAACGGGACAUGGUACACCACCUGGCGCGAAAAUUCUCAGUCUGGUACGGACCAUGCUUUUGUUUUCUCAGAUGUGAAUGGCUCAACUGGAACCUUGAAUAUAUACACUGAAAAGACUCCAUUCUUGUUUGAUCCUUGGACUGGGUCGAAAAAGCCAUUGCUAGGCUACACCAAAAGCAAGGACAGCGUGACCAUCCCUCUUUCUCUAGCGGGGAACCAAACCAUCGUCAUCGGAUUCAGUCAGGAUGGAGACAUUUCCGCGAAGCACACCACCAACAUCCCAUCGUCGGUCAUUGGGUAUGACACCCAGGGCGAUGCUAUUGUCUCAGCCAGUAAAUCCAAGCAGUCCUUGGUCCUCUCGAAUGGAAAGAAAGUCAUCCUGCCCUCUACAGAUGUCGCAAGUUCAAUUGCGCUUUCCAACUGGACCCUCACUGCAGAGCACUGGGAGGCACCCAGCAAUAUUUCGGAUGGGUCUAUCAUUGCAAUCAAGCAUAACACAACUCACCAGCUCUCGUCUUUAGUGUCCUGGCGUCAAAUUGAGGGUUUGACAAAUUCCUCCGGUUUGGGAUAUUACACUACCCACGUCACCUGGCCACCAUCUAAAGGUCCUGCCGAUGGGGCCUACCUCUUCCUCCCUGCCAUUGCGCACACGGCGAGGGUAUAUGUGAACGGACAUCAACUGCCAGCUCUGGAUCUCACAGCUCCCCGGUCAGAUCUCACAGCUUAUCUGAAAAAGGGAUCGAAUGUGUUGGCUGUGGUGGUUCCGACCACUAUGUGGAACUAUAUUCGGAGUAUUGCUGAUGAGAUUGAAGCCGUGGAUGCCCCGGUUGAUUCUCUCUUGAGUGCGGUUGGGAAUGGGCUUCCGGAUCCGACUGACAAUGGAUUGAUUGGAGAUGUGAAGUUGGUGCCCUAUGUUACUGUUAAACUGUGA